AUGGUUGGUGAAGACACGCCUUUCCCUUCCCCGUUAUCGCAUAGGCUGCCCACCGUCUCCGCAUCUCAAGCCCUCCAAACCCUCCAAGCACGCGGGGCUCGCACUGUCUCGACUGGCAUCUCGCAGCUCAACAAGCUCCUCGCCCCUGCCAGCCUCCCGGGCCAUGAUGUCUCGGGCGGGUAUAUGCGCGGGAAAGUGACAGAGGUCUUCGGACCGUCAGGAGUCGGCAAGACAGCCUUUGGGAUUCAGGCCGCAGUGUGUGCAUUGCGCGAGGGCCAGCGUGUUGUCUGGGUUGACGCUGCCUGCGCGCCCUUGACCAAGCACCGCUUCGACAGCGUCCUCUCUACACUCAACAAUGCGCCCGGAGAAACUUCCCUAGAUGUGCUGCGCAGUCACGUCCAAUACUUCGCGGCGCCAACGCUUGCCCAUCUCCUGGCGCUCUUCGUGCAUUCGCCUGCUUCAUAUCCCCCGCAGAAUACGAGUCUAAUCGUGAUCGACUCGCUCUCAACGCUCAUAGAUAAUGCAUACCCCCGUUAUACAGACGACCGUAUAGCGAAGAACAAGACGGACCAGUCACGAUGGGCUGCAGGACGCAGGUUUGCGGUGAUUAACGAGUUGAUCUCAACAUUGACUAGGUUUGCUGCGCUGCACGACAUUGCGCUACUCAUCGCAAAUCCAACAAUCACCCGGAUUCGGGGUGCAUCGCGGGCACUACUGGUUCCAGCAAUAUCAGGGGUUGAAUGGGAGAAUGGCAUCUCCACUCGAUUGGUCUUGUUCAGGGACUGGGCGCGCCAAGGAAAGGAAAAUGACACAGCAGACGCUGAUAGAUCAGGAAGAGCCCGGUUCGCCGGCCUCGUCAAGGCAAAUGGCGUCGCUUUCGCUGAGGAAGGCGGCGUGGGCAACGUGGUCCCCUUUACGGUCGAAAAAUCUGGCCUUUGCGAUAUAAGCAUAGCUGCAGACGAAAUUACAGCUUCAGUGCUUCUCCCAGCACAGGCGAGACCGUCUAAAAGGCCAUUCGCCGAGAUCGACGAGGAUGCAGGCGAAGAGCCCAAUUCUGAUGAGCUCUAUGGUUGGAUAGAAGAUGAUGAAGUCGCUGCUGAGGGGUUAUUGAUUGAUGAAGUACCUGCAACCGACAACGUUCACGCCACAGGAGCUCGACCAGAAGAAACUGCAAGAGACCGCAACAAGAAGGUGGCACGAACGACCACGAUCUGA